UUGAACACAUAAGGCACCUGAAUCAAAUAGAUCUCAACGCGGUGAGAUUAUGUUUUCAAGUUUUCUUGGAAGGGAACAAACCGUUACAGCCUAUCGAGUCUGACCCUAUUUAUAAUAAAAAGACAAUGUCAGAUCUCGAGAUUUGUAAAUUGAGCCAUUCGAGCGCAACGGUUGCUGGUGAAAUGAAAAUAAUUUUGCUGUGUGAAAAAGUCGCAAGAGAAGAUAUACAAAUAAGAUUUUUUGAGGAGAGAAAUGAGCAACUACUUUGGGAGGGAUACGGCGAUUUUCAUCCGACGGAUGUACAUAAACAAACUGCAAUAGAGUUCAAAACGCCUCGCUAUCAUACACAACAAGUGGACAAGCCGGUGCAGAUGUACAUCCAACUUAAAAGGCCAUCGGACGGUUAUACGAGCGAACCUCUACCGUUUGAGAUGUUACCAGUAGGUACAGCUAGGCCAGCUUUCUGGCGUCCACGGACAUCACUUGACGACGUCUAUGACGAUGAAGACCUCAUUGUGAUGGAUCCUAAUGAUGAGCUUUCAGAGACAAUGUCAGAUCUUGAGAUUUGCAAAUUGAGCCAUUGGAGAGCAACGGUUGCUGGUGGCGUGAAAAUGAUUUUGCUGUGUGAAAAAGUCGCAAGAAAAGAUAUACAAAUAAGAUUUUUUGAGGAGAGGAAUGGGCAACUACUUUGGGAAGGAUACGGCGAUUUUGAACCGAGGGAUGUACAUAAACAA